AUGUCAACUGAACCCACCACCACCACAGUAACCACCACUUCUACAGGGCCAACUACUGCAACCACUGCCAGCACUGCUACCGAAGCUACAACCACUAUUAUCAGUACUGCUUCGGCUCACUAUACAACUGCCACAGCAGCAGAAAGCACUUCAACUGAAGCUAUAACCAGCACAGCAGCCACCACUUCAGCAGGACCACCUGCCACACCUGCCAGCACCACCACUGCGGCUAUCACUACAACAGCCACCACGACGGCUUCUACUGUACCAACAGCCACCACAACAGCUACCAUUUCAACUGAACCAACUAUCUCAACCACUGCUAGCACGACUGAGGCUACAACCAGAUCCUACACCACUACUGCUUCUAUUGAACCUACAACCACCACAGCAAUAGCUACCACUUCAACCGAAUCUACAACCGAAGCAGCAACCACAACUACUGUCAGCACUACCACAGAGGCUACAACCAUAUCUGACACCACUACUGCUUCUACUGAACCUAUAGCCACCACAGCAAUAGCUACCACUUCAACUGAACCUACAACAGAAGCAACAACCACAAUUACAGCCAGCACUACCAGUGAGGCUACAACCACAUCUGUCACCACUACUGCUUCUACUGAACCUACAACCACAAGAGCAACAGAUACCACUUCAACUGAACCUACAACUGAAACAAUAACCACAACUACUGCCAGCACUACCACUGAGGCUACAACCAUAUCUGACACCACUGCUGCUUCCACUGAACCUAUAACCACCACAGCAACACAUACCUCUUCAACUGAACCUACAACUGAAGCAACAACUGCAACUACUGCCAGUACGACCACCAAGUCUACCACCACAACAGCCACCACUACAACUUCUACUGAACCUGCAAUCACAACAACAGCCACCUCGUCAAGUGCACCAGCUGCCACCACAACUUCUACCACUACCCCUGAGGCUACAACCACGUCAGACACCACUACUGUUUCUGCAGAGCCUAUGACCACCACAGCAACUGAUACUACUUCAAAUGAACUUACAACCACAACAGCAGCCCCCACUAGAACUGAAACGACUACCACAACAACUGCUAGCAGUACCCCUGUGACUACAACCACACAGGCCACCACAACAACCACAACUACAGCCAGCACUACCAGUGAGGCUACAACCACAUCUGUCACCACUACUGCUUCUACUGAACCUACAACCACAAGAGCAACAGACACCACUUCAGCUGAACCUACUACCACUACAUCUGCCACCACAUCAAUAGAACCACCUACCACAACUGUCAGCAGUACCACUGCAGCUAUCACUACAACAGCCACCACAACAGCUACUACUUCAACUGAACCAACUAUCUCAACCACUGCCAGCACUACUGAGGCUACAACCACCAGUAUUUCUACUGCUUCUACUGAAUCUACAACUGCCACAUCAGCAGAAACCACUUCAACUGAAGCUACAACCAGCACAGCUGCCACUACCUCAACAGGACCCACUACCAGUACUGCCAGUGCUACCACUGAGGCUACAACCACAUCUGUCACCACUACUGCUUCUACUGAACCUACAACCACAACAGCAACAAAUACUGCUUCAACUGAACCUACAACUGAAGCAACAACUACAACUACUGCCAGUACGACCACCGAGUCUACCACCACAACAGCCACCACUACAACUUCUACUGAACCUGCAAUCACAACAACAGCUACAUCGUCAAGUGCACCAACUUCCACCACAACUACCCCUGAGACUACAACCACGUCAGAGACCACUACUGUUUCUGCAGAACCUAUGACCACCACAGCAACCGAUACUACUUCACCUGAACCUACAACCACAACAGCAGCCCCUACUACAACUGAAACAACUACCACAACAACUGCUAGCAGUACCCCUGUGGCUACAACCACAGAGACCACCAGUACCACUUCUACCACAUCUGCAACCACGAUGGCAACAGAAACCACUGCAAGUGAACCAACUACCACAAACACGGCCACUACUGCCACUGAGUCUACAACCAUAUCUGACACCACUACUGCUUCUACUGAACCUAUAGCCACCACAGCAAUAGUUACCACUUCAACAGAACCUACAACAGAAGCAACAACCACAACUACAGCCAGCACUACCAGUGAGGCUACAACCACAUCUGUCACCACUACUGCUUCUACUGAACCUACAACCACAAGAGCAACAGACACCACUUCAGCUGAACCUACUACCACUACAUCUGCCACCACAUCAAUAGAACCACCUACCACAACUGUCAGCAGUACCACUGCAGCUAUCACUACAACAGCCACCACAACAGCUACUACUUCAACUGAACCAACUAUCUCAACCACUGCCAGCACUACUGAGGCUACAACCACCAGUAUUUCUACUGCUUCUACUGAAUCUACAACUGCCACAUCAGCAGAAACCACUUCAACUGAAGCUACAACCAGCACAGCUGCCACUACCUCAACAGGACCCACUACCAGUACUGCCAGUGCUACCACUGAGGCUACAACCACAUCUGUCACCACUACUGCUUCUACUGAACCUACAACCACAACAGCAACAAAUACUGCUUCAACUGAACCUACAACUGAAGCAACAACUACAACUACUGCCAGUACGACCACCGAGUCUACCACCACAACAGCCACCACUACAACUUCUACUGAACCUGCAAUCACAACAACAGCUACAUCGUCAAGUGCACCAACUUCCACCACAACUACCCCUGAGACUACAACCACGUCAGAGACCACUACUGUUUCUGCAGAACCUAUGACUACCACAGCAACCGAUACUACUUCACCUGAACCUACAACCACAACAGCAGCCCCUACUACAACUGAAACAACUACCACAACAACUGCUAGCAGUACCCCUGUGGCUACAACCACAGAGACCACCACAACAACUACAACUACUGCCAGUACGACCACCGAGUCUACCACCACAACAGCCACCACUACAACUUCUACUGAACCUGCAAUCACAACAACAGCUACAUCGUCAAGUGCACCAACUUCCACCACAACUACCCCUGAGACUACAACCACGUCAGAGACCACUACUGUUUCUGCAGAACCUAUGACCACCACAGCAACCGAUACUACUUCACCUGAACCUACAACCACAACAGCAGCCCCUACUACAACUGAAACAACUACCACAACAACUGCUAGCAGUACCCCUGUGGCUACAACCACAGAGACCACCAGUACCACUUCUACCACAUCUGCAACCACGAUGGCAACAGAAACCACUGCAAGUGAACCAACUACCACAAACACGGCCACUACUGCCACUGAGUCUACAACCAUAUCUGACACCACUACUGCUUCUACUGAACCUAUAGCCACCACAGCAAUAGUUACCACUUCAACAGAACCUACAACAGAAGCAACAACCACAACUACAGCCAGCACUACCAGUGAGGCUACAACCACAUCUGUCACCACUACUGCUUCUACUGAACCUACAACCACAAGAGCAACAGACACCACUUCAGCUGAACCUACUACCACUACAUCUGCCACCACAUCAAUAGAACCACCUACCACAACUGUCAGCAGUACCACUGCAGCUAUCACUACAACAGCCACCACAACAGCUACUACUUCAACUGAACCAACUAUCUCAACCACUGCCAGCACUACUGAGGCUACAACCUCCAGUAUUUCUACUGCUUCUACUGAAUCUACAACUGCCACAUCAGCAGAAACCACUUCAACUGAAGCUACAACCAGCACAGCUGCCACUACUUAAACAGGACCAACUACCAUUACUGCCAGUGCUACCACUGAGGCUACAACCACAACAGCCACUGCUACAACUUCUACUGAACCUGCAACCACAACAACAGUCACCUCAUCAAGUGCACCAGUUGCCACCACAGCGUCCAGCACUACCCCUGAGGCUACAACCGCAUCAGAUACCACUGUUUCUGCAGAACCUAUGACCACCACAGCAAUUGAUACUUCAUCUGGACCUACAACCACAACUGCAGCCCCCACUACAACUAAAACGACUACCACAACUACUGUUGGCAGUACCCCUGCAGCUACAACCACAUAGUCUACCAGUACCACUUCUACCACAUCUGCAACCAUGAUGGCAACAGAAACCACUGCAAGUGAACCAACUACCACAAACACUGCCAGCACUGCUAC